AUGACAGGCCGUAGUUUCACCGUAUUUCAAGACGCUCCAUCGAGCAGCGAGGCAUCAACGUCUGGCACCAAGGUGGCCCGUGCCGCCAGCGGCAUUCUGCUCACUCGAUCAGGGUCCCGCCUCAAUGUUACCACUGCGCUCGACGUAAAGGCAGCGACCGACAAGGAGAACUACAAUCCCCUCACUGGAGAGCGCGCGGCCGCGGCCGGUGCCGCCGACAAGAAGCGCAAAACUGUCCUUGCAACCAAAGCUCACGUGCCUCCGGCCGCCACGACCACCAAAAAACAAAGGGCGGACAAGGUAGCCCAACCAGAACCCAAGAAACGUAGGACUACGGCGACGACGAAGAAGUCUACAACGACCAAGUCCUCUUCCAGUAAGAAGGAUGCAAAGUCCACUUCAUCUACCAGAAAGAGCAAGCGAUCGACGCCAUCUCGCCGGGUACCUCCUAUGCCCAAGGUUGUGGAAGAAGAGACCGGUUCCGAGCCCAAGGACCAGACUCAGGAUCUCAAACAGGCGGCCAUCGAUUCCCGCUGCUAUGAGCUGACCGUCAAGCCUCUUGCCGACGUCUCUGAUGCCUAUGAAGUUCCUGCCUCGACCGAGCUUGUUGGGGAGCCAAAGGGUGCUUUCCGUAUCAUCAAGGAACCCUCUGUUGAACCCGAGCUUCGCGAUUACUUCUCGCCGACUCAUACAUCAUCCUCCCUAGGAGCCACCCAACUUGGUCGAUUCGUCGAAGAGGAGAGUAAAACUUCUGUCGUCUUCUCUACUCCCGAGAGGAAGAAGAUCUACUCGGCUUUCACGUUCUCUUCACCAUCACCUUCCGCCAAACGAUUCAGGGAAUUGCUCAACCGUUCAGGGUCGCCUACUCCCUUCGCCACUGGGACCCCACCAUCUCCUAUCGGUUCAACGGCAGCUGACCACGAUUCUUCCUAA